AUGAAUGAAUGGAAAAGGCCAAGAGAGGUUCAUCCUAAGGUGUUUGCAGCUAUUUAUUCGUCAAACUAUGACUCCUGGAAGCACAUUGAAACUAAUUUCGCUUAUGAAAAUAGAUUGUGUGACUACCUUCAUUGCACUCAUCUAAAUGGGGUCUAUUAUUGGUUGUGUUUCACCAAAGACGAUGUGUAUAUUAUUUCAACAUUUGAUUUCGCAAUUGAACUUUUUGGGGAGAUAGUAGGGCCUCCAAUUCCAAAUGAUCACAGUGGGUGGCUAAUGUUACGCGGUGGAUCUCUUGCUGCCAUGUCUUGUAACGAAAUUGAAAUAUGUGAGACAACAGGAUCAGCGUCUUACGAUAUAUGGGCGAGCAUCAGAGAGAAUAGUUGGAUCAAAGUUGUUACAGUGACUCCGCCGAUAACGUGGCAUUCACCUCUUGGCAUAUGGGAGUAUGAUAUGUAUAUUUAUGAAAUGAUGCAAACUUACAAUUUGGUGUAUUAUGACCACACAACUAAACAAGUUACAGAUUUUGGUUUAAAUUUCUCUGAAAUAGGCUUUGGCUUCGUUUGGCCUAUUAGUUAUAAGGAGAGCUUAGUUCCAAUAAACAGAAAAAAUCUGACUGAGCAGGAUAAUAUUGACUACUUCUUCACCCUAUUUUAG